CGACGUAAAGCUGCUAUGGCUUGGAUUCUGAUUCCGAUUUGGAGUGCUUGGCGUACGUGUUUUUCAAACGGAUCAUUCUGUUUUCCGGGUCACCGUGGUUUGCAGAUACGCUGCUGAAACAGCCACCCAUUACUGCGCCAUGCGACUCGACGAAUGAAUCGGAGGAAAGCAGUACUGUGAAACGCUGGGCUCCUUAUGUGGAAGUGCGCUGAUGACGCUGUGGUCAGGCUGAUUAAGGAAACGAACCUAGUGGUCCAUCAGCCAACGGCAGCUAUUUUUGCCAGACUAGCUCGAGAAUCUGCCAAGAGCGCAGAUGCUGCCGAGUGGGUACCACAUGCAUGUUCGAUAAGCGUGCUGCUUGGAAUCGCAGCUGUUGGUUCUGCCUGCGGUGGUACGUGGACUGCGCCCGAAUCGAUCUCGGCAUUUGCUGAGGCUGAAGUAACUGACGAAAAGUCUCGGCUCUGCUUUUACUUGCUCGGUAUUAGCCUGUUCGAUCCAGACCUAUCUCGAUGCUCGACAAAAUCAAAGACCCCCAAACAGUUCACCAGAUACUGUGCCAGCUCGGAGGUGUAUUGGACAAGGUACUCGAAUCCGACCCUGCAGCAUCUACACCACUGCCUCAAGAUGAAUUGGCUUCAUUUCUGGUGGCUGCCGAACACUCGCCAAUACUUGAUAGCAAAACGACUGCCUCAGGUCUUGUCAAGGCGUUGUGUGGGAUUCUUGAAUCCGAUGCACUGGUGAAGAGAGCGCCAAAAGUCAUUCCAGGAACCUGCUGAUGUCGAUAUGGCACCCACCCAGGACCCGCCCGCAGUGCCACCAGAAAUCUCUGGCGUAUCAGGCCAGCCAAGCCAGCCAGCCGAAAAAGCGCUCUCGCGUGUCGCCGCAGGCCAGUAGUGACUGCACCAGCGAACAGAGCACACCCACAAAAAAGCGCAAAUCGAAGAGGUCCAAGAAGCGCACACCACCACCGACUCUGUCCAGGCGUGCUGGGGCAGCUAGAGGCGCUUUUGAUGGAUGCCGGC